AUGUUGAAGCCUUUCCAGAUUAGAGACCUUCGGGCCUCACCUUCGCAACACCCCGAGCAACUGGCAGCCUCCCGCUCUACUCCCUCGGGAGUAGUCCAGAUAUCUGCUGCCGAUUACGAUGCUCUAGCAUCGAACCAUCCCCGCGCAAGGCUGACUUAUGUGGAUGAGGAUGACGACGACGAAACAAUCACUGUUGGAUCCGCUCUCGAGCUCUCGCAGCGUCUUGACGAGCCGCUAGACGCCAGCACACGGCUCGAAUCCCUUCAACUUUCGGACAAUGACGCCACACCGAUGCACAUAUUUGAUAUUCGUCGAUCAAACUCCGUGACUGAGUUGUGGAAGCGUUUCGAAGGCAUUGUUUCCGAGCACAACUCAGUUCAUGAGAAGAACAAUACGCAGACUACUCCUAAGGCGGUUGUCGUCGAACAUCAACCUGAAGUCUCGGCACCUAAUACUACAUCUGCGCCACCGGUCUCCGAGGAGGAGCCUCGGUCUUUUAUGGAAGCAUUUGAAGCCGAUCUAGCAGAAAUGCUCAAUGCUGCUGAAUCCUCAGAUAACAGAGCACCUCGAACCGACUCGCCACCUCCUGUGCAGCCUUCAGACAACACAAACUCUGGACAAGCCCGUCAUCCCGUUGAGAUUUUAGCGGCCCAGGUUCUGACCCAGUUGAUCAGCGGGGCUACUAUGGUACAAUCUGAAUGGAGAGCAAAACUCCCGGAGCUACAGCGACAACUGCAGAAUGCUCAAAGGCAAUUUGAGGCAGCACAGCAAUCCUUGCCUGGGAACAUGGAAGCGUCAUUGCGGUCGCUGCUCGCCACUGUCGACGCUCAACUAAGAGCCGCUUUCAGCAACCUCCCAGAUAACGGAAGACAAAUGGCUGAAGAUGCCUUUCAAGCAGGGAGGCCAGUGGCUGAGAAUGCUGCCGAUGGGUUGCGCAGUAUGGCCGCCGAACUGAAUGAGGUAGGAAGAACUUUGUUUGCAGCCUUUGAGAGCGAAUUUGGGCAAGCUAGGCCAACCGCGUCUGCUUCGACCUCCAAUACGACCUCCGAGACUAGGCCACUCUUUGAUACUGCUACUAGCAAUCAAUCUGCGGCUCCGGGGCCCGUGUAUCCUCAGAGUGCGGAUACACCUACCUCGGCCACGGCCACGAAAGGGGGAUCACCGUCUAUCCCAAGUCAAUCGGAGCCAUCUGAUACAGCUCAAGCAGGAGUACUUCCUCGUGGUCCUCGUCGUCAAUUCAUGAACUAUCGCCCAAAUCAUUGGGCGCCCAUGCCAUGGCAGGCGCCGGCCUGGAGAACGGAAUUCCCACAUCAAGCCGGGUCUCCAUCUCUAUAUUACUCUCACCCACCGGUAACGCUGCCGACUUCUCCAUACUGGCCGCAAUGGACACCUGGGCCUGCUCGUUUCGGGUUCAAUGCUCCACGAAAUGCUAGGCAGACAUCACGAGCCAAGUCUGGAGAACCGAGAAAAGACUCGACGAGUAAAUCUUUGUUUAUCGGGAAUGUCGGAUUUCAGGUUACCGACAAGAUGAUACAGGAUGUGUUUGCUUCGAAGGGCUUCCUCGUCAAGGUGGAUCUUCCUCUAGAUACUGCAUCAGGAAGGCAUGCAGGCUUUGGCUAUGUCCAUUUCCCUUCAGAGCAUCCUGCUUUCGCUGCGAUGGAAUCUUUGCAUGGUACUAUUAUCGACGGUCACUCGAUAAAUUUGGAGCUCAUGGAUCAUACGCCCAUCGAAAGUGUUCGACCGGCACAUGUCCCUACAUCCCGCUCGCAGGCUGAAACAGGUGAUUUGAAGACGGCUUCUUCUGCACAAAGCGGUGCAAUGCCGAGCCCUGCUCUCUCACCCCGUGUUGCCUUUCCAAGAAGGGGUUCAUCCAGACACGGCAACACAGACAAUCGCAGAAAGUCCGUCACCUUUGAAGAUCAUACACAGAUCAUUGAUCCCCAAAUUCAGACCGAAUCGUCCGCCCUACUUGACUCCCCGAGCGAUGACCCUGCGUUCAGCGCACGAUUCCCAUCUCUAUUGCCCGAGAUGAGCACACCGCAUACCGCUCCAUUGGGCGAUCAGGAGGUUCCCUCGCAUAUGCCCACGACUAAAUCAAUGGACAUGUCUCGUUUUCCACCAGUGUCUCAACGGGAGGCCCAGCUUCUUGCAAAGCAGAAUUCCGGUGUGACAGAAUCAUCUCCUACUACAUCACUUGGUCAACCACAGACCAACCAAGAAACCCCUGGGGAACUCUAUUCUUGGAAACAAUCCCCUGGCCAAUCUCAGCAGGCUUCGAAUCCUGACUUAAUUGGCAAGGCAUCACCGGCCGCUGAUGCUGAACAAUCGGCUGAUUAUAACAAGGCAAAGCUGAUACAACUCGACGAACCUUUUUUUGCCACGAAGGCUGUGGAUUCGCGCCGAGCGACUGGGCACGGAACUCAUGGGUCAGAUCAUCACCAAGCUGCAGAUGCUUUCCGCCACAGUCCCUUGAUGCAUUCCGCGAGUAUGCGUCACCUUGGGGAUAGAUCACGGCUCCCUUUGCGGACAAGUCCAUGGGCGCGGCUUUCUAGAAGAGAACGAAAUGGUCCAUCUUCUGACCAACAAGUUCUCGGGAGAUCACCAGUGGAAGCGACAAUGCAGGCCACAACCCCUAGACCACCUGAUGCUGGUGCUCAUCAGUCUGAUGAUCCAAACAUUCAACGGUGUGUGGCUGCCCUUCUUCACAUGGGCUACGGAACUGAACAAGAUGGUGGCCGAUCCAGGCUGGCCGUAUAUGCGGCAGCGGCAAAUGGAGCCCUUAUGGAUGCGAUUGAUAUGAUUGAAGAAGAAAGGAGGGUCUAUGAGCGGCGAGCUUCGCAGUGA